GCAGGAAGUAGUCUCCACAAGCCGACAACAUGGAGGUUGCGAGCGGUGGAAACAAGCAGCCGCUUCUCGGCUUUGGGCAGGCGGUGAUUGGCCCCCCCGGCUCCGGAAAGACCACCUAUGUUCGCGCUAUGCAUGCUCUCCUCACCAGCAUGGGCCGCCGGGCCGCUAUCAUUAAUCUGGACCCUGCCGGGGAAGACGAGCCCGGGGCAGCGGUCACCCUGCAGGACCUGCUGGCUCUGACAGAGGUGAUGUCCGAGCUGCACCUGGGUCCUAAUGGCGCCCUGCUCUACUGUAUGGAGUACUUACAAGGGAACCUGGACUGGCUGCGGGACCGGCUGCUGAGCCUCCGCGGGACCUACCUGCUGAUUGACUGCCCAGGACAGGUGGAGCUCUACACCCACCACCCCGCUCUGCCCAACAUCCUGCGGCAGCUGCAGGGCUGGGGGCUGAGGCUAUGUGCCGUGCACCUUGUGGAUUCCCAUUAUUGCACAGACCCUGCCAAGUUCAUCUCUGUCCUGUGUACAUCACUGAGCACCAUGCUUCACAUAGAGCUGCCUCACAUCAACCUCCUCUCCAAGGUGGACCUCAUAGAGCAGUAUGGGAGACUGGCUUUUAACAUUGACUACUACACUGAAGUUAUGGACCUUUCUUAUUUGGUGGAAAACAAGGCUGACGCCCUCUCCAGAAUGACCCACAACAACAUGGCCUAUAAUCACCCAUCAAUGUUCCCUGAAAAAAGCCAGUUUCAGAUAAAAAAUUUCACCACUGCGUAA